AUGUCUGACAGUGAAGAAACGACCCACAUCGUUCUUGAUAUUGAGAGAAUUAUUGUGGAAGUGGAAAAAAGACCAGCGCUGUAUAAGAAAGAACUGAAAGAAUACAGCGAUAGAAUUGCGAAAGAGAAAUGGACAGAAGUAUGCGCAAAUGUAAUACCAAAAUGGCAUGAACUAUCAGGUGCAAAAAGAAAAGUCAGAGGGAAAGAAGUUCAAAAAAAGUGGAAGAAUCUGAAAGACUGUUUUGCGAGAGAGCUUGCUGCUCAGAAAAAAAUCAAAUCUGGUGAGCCUACAAAAAAACAUCGAAAAUACAUCUACUUUGACGCAUUGCUAUUUUUACUUCCUCACCAACAACCCAGGCCAACAAGUGGCAAUGUAGGGCCUCCAGGGGAUAAGGAAGAACUGUUGGACCAUAAUAAAGGACCCAGAAACGAUGACGGAGAGCUUUCAAACGAUCAUGGAGGUCCCAGGAACAACAAUGAGGAGACUCCACGUUCUUUACCCUCUGCAAAACCUGCACAAAGGACACCACGCAGUCUUUCCAGCAAAUCUUCUCAUCAAAUAUCCACAUAUGAGGCUUCGUUAUUAGAGAUUUUAAAGAACAAACAAACGGAGGAAGUUUUAGAGGAUAAAAACUUUGCUCUUAUGGUAAUUCCUGUGUUGGCCAAACUAAACGACCAGCAAAAACAUUUUGCCAAAAUUGAAAUACUAAAUGUGAUGAGAAAUGUAAAAUUCUAUACACAGCCUGGGCCAUGA